AUGAAGACCACCACACUCGUUGCUGCCGCCACCCUGGCUGGUGCAGUCGCUGCCAACCCUAUUGCAUGGUCCAAGGUCAGCCCACGUAGCGAAUUCGCCGCCCGCAUGGCUGAAAACUCUCACAUCGCCGCCCGCUCCAUCUCCAGUGACGCAGCCAAGUUCUCGUCCAAGCAGUACGAUUACCUCGUUGUCGGUGCCGGUACUGCCGGUCUUGCUGUUGCUGCUCGUCUCUCCGAGAGUGGUAAGUACAAGGUCGGUGUUUUGGAGGCUGGUGGCAAUGGUUUCGGCGUCGGCAUCAUCGAUACGCCUGGCCAGUUUGGUGCUGAUCUCGGCACAAUCUACGACUGGAACUACACUACUGUCCCUCAGAACGGCGUGCCCGCUGUCGGUUGGCCUCGUGGAAAGGUUCUCGGUGGUUCUUCGGCUCUUAACUUUUUGGUCUGGGACCGAUCGUCUCGCCACGAGAUCGAUGCUUGGGAGCAGCUUGGCAACCCUGGCUGGAACUGGAACAAUCUGUACUCUGCCAUGAAGAAGUCGGAAAAGUUCCAUGCUCCCAGCCAGGAGAAUGCCGACCUCCUUGGUGUUAAGCCUGUCGCCUCGGACUACGGUUCGUCGGGACCCAUCCAGGUCGCUUUCCCCAACUACAUCUCACAGCAGGUUCGUCGUUGGAUCCCCGCUCUCAGCGAGCUCGGCAUUCCCAAGAACGAUCAGCCCCUCGCUGGUCAGAAUGUCGGUGUUUCUCAGCAGCCCUCGAACAUCAACCCUUCCAACUACACACGCUCCUACUCGGCACCUGCCUACCUCUUUCCCAACCAGGCCCGUCCCAACCUUGACGUUCUCACCGACGCCCUCGUCUCUAAGGUCAACUUUGACAUCGAAUGCGGCGAGCUCUCGGCUAACGGCGUCACUUUCAUCAGCAACGGUCAGACCUACACCGUCAACGCUACCAAAGAGGUCAUCCUCUCGGGUGGUACGGUCAAUACACCUCAGAUCCUCGAACUUUCGGGUAUCGGUUCCAAGGAUGUGCUCUCCAAGGCUGGUGUCAAGGUGCUCUACGAGAACGCCAACGUCGGCGAGAAUCUGCAGGACCACACAUACUCGGCCACCGUCUACAAGCUUAAGCCUGGUUUCCCCACCCUCGACUCGCUUCGCUCCAACACCACGUUUGCCGCCGAGCAGGCUGCUGCUUACAAGGCUAACCAGUCCUCGAUCCUCACCGAGACUGUCCCCUCGAUCUCGUACGUCUCGCUCGCCCGUGUCGUUGGUGACAAGCGCGCAAAGGCCAUGAUUGCUGAGGUGGCCAAGUACGUUGGCGCCUCGCGUGCUCCUUACAAGGCUACGCUCAAAAAGCAGCUCGAUUUCCUCAUCCAAUACCCCGACAAGAUCGGCCAGAUGGAGCUCAUCGGUAUUGACGGCUACUUUGCCGGCACUGGUGCGCCCAAGCCGGAUGAGACCUACUUUACCAUCCUCGCUGCCAACCAGCACCUCUUCUCGCGUGGCAACAUCCACAUCACCUCGAACGACGCUACCAAGUACCCUAGCAUUGAUGCCAAGUACUUUGACGUCCCCUUUGACCUCGAGAUCUCCACCGCUGGUACCAACUACACGCGCAAGAUUGGACUCGGCAAGACGUACAGCGACAUGGUCGACAGCGAGUACUGGCCUGGCAACGUUGACAUUCAAGAGUACACCAAGACCACUUCGGUGACUGAAUAUCACCCUAUUGGAACCGCCUCGAUGCUGCCUCGCAAGCAGGGUGGUGUCGUCGACCCCAGCCUGAGGGUGUACGGCACCUCGAACCUCCGUGUUGUCGAUGCUUCCAUCAUUCCUCUCCACGUCGCUGCUCACAUUCAGGCUACCAUCUAUGGAGUUGCCGAGUACGCUGCCAAAAUCAUCAAGAGCCAAGCUUAG